UCACCUGGGCUGGAAAGCCAGGGUCUCUAAACCCUGGGGCUGAUUUCUCUCAAGAGGCUGUGGUGCCCUGCUUGGAUCCACAGGAGUAUGACCAAAGCGGCAGGUCCCUGAAGAAUAACAAACAGCAGGUGGCGGGUCGGGAAGCCAUGCGCUCUGCCUUUGUCUGGAAUGGAUGACAGAGACUUGGACUUGGAUGAGGACUACCAGUCUCCAUUUGAUUUUGAUACAGGAGUGAACAAAAGCUAUCUCUACUUGUCUCCUAGUGGGAGUUCAUCUCUGCCUGGGUCGCCUACACUUCACAAACGUGGUGUGCUGAGAACAGAGCCAGUCCCGGAGGAGGGGGAAGAUGCUGCUGCCACCAUCAGUACCCCAGAUGCCUUGUCGGAGGAGGAGCAGGAAGAGCUAAGGAGAGAGCUUGCAAAAGUGGAAGAGGAAAUCCAAACUCUAUCUCAAGUAUUGGCAGCCAAGGAGAAGCAUCUCGCCGAGCUUAAGCGGAAGCUUGGAAUCAGUUCGCUACAGGAAAUAAAGCAGAACAUUGCCAAAGGGUGGCAAGACGUGACGGCAACAUCCGCAUACAAGAAGACAUCCGAGACCUUGACUCAGGCCGGACAAAGGGCUUCAGCUGCCUUUUCAUCUGUCGGCUCAGUCAUCACUAAGAAGCUGGAAGACGUCAAAUUGCAAGCCUUUUCCCAUUCUUUUCGUAUACGCUCCAUUCAGCAUUCAAUUAGCAUGCCUGCUAUGAGAAACUCCCCGACCUUCAAAUCAUUUGAAGAAAAGGUUGAAAAUUUAAAGUCUAAAGUAGGGGGCACCAAGCCUGCUGGCGGGGACUUUGGAGAAGUCCUGAACUCGACUGCCAAUGCUAGUGCCACCACUACGGAGCCCCUUACGGAGCAGCCGAUGCAAGAGAAGCCGUGAUCCUCGCCCCGGUUCUGCUGCCCACUGCCAAGCUGCCGCGAGGCAGAUGCAGCACGUCUUGUCAGCACCAUUGCCCUGCGUUUCCACCAGAUGUGCUUUUCUUUAGCUUUAGAUAUUCCUUUGACCGCAUAGUUUGUGAGUUAGGAAAAAAAAAUUUAAAAAAAGAUAUAUCUUCACCUCUGUUCCCGGAAAACCCCCUUUACUAUGCAUUUGAAAGCCCUUGAUGGAGACACCAUUAUCGAAUCCACUAGAAUGAUUGAAGAAGCUGCUCAAGCUCUAUCUUGCUUUAUAAAGUUGCUCUGAAUCUAGAUGCCAUUUUGGUCUUUGUCUUCUGUAAAAUUCCUCCCUAUCCCUCCCCCCUCCCACCCCAACUUUUUGUUGUUGUUGUUGAGCCUUUGUAUAUUUGAUUCCUAACCAAAAUGGUUCUUUUAAUUUUUCUGAAUUAUGGUUAUUAAAAGUUUGGGAAUAAUAUUCUUGAUCACCAAGGGAAGAGCUACCAGCUACCAAAAAGAAGUUUUUUUGUGUGUGAAUAAACACUGUUUUUGAAUAAAGUACAUGUCUUCUAAAUAUUAUGAAUAUACUGGACUAAAUAAAUCAGCUCUAUAUCCAA